AUGCUUCUAACGAUCAUCAUCCUCAUAAGAUCUUUUGCCGCAGAAACGUCAGCAAACGCCACGGUUUUGACAAUAACGGCUUUCACUGUGGAAAGAUACGUGGCAAUAUGCCAUCCCUUUUUGUCGCAGACGCUCUCGAAAUUAUCCAGAGCCGUGAAGUUCAUCAUUCUGAUCUGGAUUUUCGCGAUAUGUCUGGCGGUGCCUCAAGCGUUAGCGUUUGGAAUAAUGACAUACGAUGAAGAUCACAAAUACUGUCAGAUAACGAGGGUAAUUCUUCCCCAUUCGUUUGAGAUUUCCACGUUCGUGUUCUUCAUCACGCCGAUGACAGUUAUAACGAUAUUGUACAUACGCAUCGGUCUUCAGCUGAGGAAAUCUACGAAAAUAAUCGCGAAAAGCAGAAGCAUAAGGAUGAAAAGGAUAUCAUGUCAGACGCGGGUUUCGUUGAAGCGAAAAAAGAAUCAAGCAAUCGUGUGCGUCGACGGUCGCGAGAACGAUAACAACGCGGCAGGGCCUUUUGAUAAACGCGAAAACAAUUGCAUUCAUUCAACGCAAGCCACGAAGCAUGUCGUCAAAAUGCUCGUUGCGGUUGUGGUGGCAUUUUUCAUAUGCUGGGCGCCAUUCCAUGCCCAGCGCCUACUAGCAAUUUACGGUCAGCCAACGUCGAAAGGGAUGGUAACAACAUUCGUGGCAUUGACAUAUGUUAGCGGUGUCCUUUAUUACCUUUCAACGUCCAUCAAUCCGCUACUGUAUCACAUCCUUUCGCAUAAAUUUAGGAUAGCAUUCAAGAAAACAUUCUCAAAUUGCCUCAGAAAGGGCCAAGUAACACGCAGGAGUUACUCGGCCUUGUCGGGAAAACUGUCGCUAGUUAAUAGCCACGUCAGUUCCGAUUCCGGCCGUCCGCAGUAUUCAAAUUCGGAAAAUGCACAAAUGAUCCAUCAAGCCGCCUUCGCAGCCACCGAAAUCGGCAACAAAAACAAACUCGACAGGACCAAAAUAUCCCUCAACAGUCGAGUCCUUACAGAUUCAUCCGAAAAUUUACACGAACUAUGCUACAAAGACUACACAAUCGGCAUGGAAAAUCCACCACAAGAAGUUACAGAAUGCAAAGACAGCAACGAAUUGUCUCUCCUGCAAGAGAACAACGAAAGACUGAGAGAAAUCGAAAUUUUUCAAAGUCAACAAUUAAGAAUCAAGAGGGUAGAAGGUAAAAUCCAAAUAAACAUAAACUUUGUCACUUUACCGAAAUCGGUCACUGUGCCGCAAAUAGCGACGCUGCCCCUACAUCUGGACAUCGAAAACGAGAGAAAUCAAAACUUAAAUGAAAAUUACAGAUGCAAAAGUGGAAGUGCAACACAACUAUGCAAAAAUAGUGCGAAUUACAUUAUUUUGAAACAACAAGUUUUGUAGGUAACUCCGCAACAAAACUGACUCUUCCUGUACGCAUUAAAUCGAUAAGAUGUGAUAUUAUUUACGAAGGCAAUGGCGCAAUUAUCUAUUAAUGAUGUGAUUUAGGGCCUCAAAUGACCGCAUCAAACUGUUGGUUAGUUG